GAGACCGAUCAUUAAAAUGCGUGAUUGUACGAAUUAAGUGAUACUUGAGACAAAAUAAUAAGAAAUUCUGUAAUAUAGAAACGAGUAUUGAUGUGAGUAGUAAUGGAAAUGCUUGUAUCGGUGAUGUUUCGUGCACGAGAACAAUGGCGCACCCCUGCUCAGUAGGUGGUUCGCUCCAUUUAAAGGGCCAGUAGCCGCCGACCCCGCGCUUCUGAAGAAAGCGAGACGGUUUUCUCGGGGUUAUGAGAUUUGCGACGCAGUCGGGGCGGUGAGCAGCACCCUGGGUUUUUUUUAAAUUCGCCUCCGUCCUGGUGUUUUUCUUUCACACACACAUACACACAAGAGGAGAGAGAGAGAUAUAUAUAUAUAUAAAUAUAUAUUAAAAGAAAAGAAAGAAACAGGACCGCGAAGCAAGGAUUGUGUUGUUUUGGAGCAGAGCUGUGGAUCUAACUGUUGCACUCUGAACACAGACAUGAACUACUGAAACCGCUACAAAAAGAAAAUCUGUGAAAAGUUUGAGGGAGGGAGCUCUGUCUCAUCCCUCCUCUUCAGAAGAAAGCUUUGAAACCAUGAUGCUGUUGUGGCUGCUGACAUAUUUCACUGCAUUUGUCAUUGGGAUGGUUGCCCCUUUCCCGAUGACCCCCACAGAGCAACCUCCGGAAAUAAGCACCUUCCGGGUGAAGGAGACGAGCUUGACGCAUUUGACCGUCCACCGCAAGACAGGUGAAGUGUUUCUGGGAGCCGUCAAUCGCAUAUACAAGCUCUCUGAAAACCUGACCGAGCUCCGCUCACACCAGACUGGUCCGAUAGAGGACAACGCCAAGUGCUACCCACCACCCAGUGUCCGGGCAUGCGCCCACAAGCUGGAACUUUCCGAUAACAUCAACAAGCUCCUGCUGAUAGACUAUGCUAGCAACCGGCUGGUAGCCUGUGGCACCAUCUGGCAGGGAGUGUGCCAGUUCUUGCGGCUGGGUGACUUGUUCAAACUGGGUGAGCCUCACUUGCGCAAGGAACACUACCUUUCAGGAGCUCGGGAGGCGGAUGGCAUGGCUGGCGUGGUAGUGGGCGAUGACGAUGAUGAUCCAAAGAAGAAGAGAAAGAAGGGAGAUGGCCGCUUGUUCAUUGGUGCUGCCAUUGACGGCAAGUCUGAAUACUUUCCAACGUUGUCCAGCCGCAAACUCGUAGAGGAUGAGGAGAGUGCAAGCAUGUUCAGCUUGGUGUACCAGGAUGAGUUUGUCUCGUCACAGAUCAAGAUUCCAUCAGACACACUGUCUCUCUAUCCUGCCUUUGACAUCUACUAUGUAUACGGCUUUGCCAGUCGCACCUACAUCUACUUCCUCACUCUGCAGCUAGACACACAGCUCACACAAAUGGACGCCACUGGUGAGAAGUUCUUCACCUCCAAGAUUGUCCGCAUGUGCUCCAAUGACACAGAGUUCUACUCUUACGUUGAGUUCCCACUCGGCUGCACCAAGGAUGGUGUGGAAUACCGCCUGGUCCAGGCCGCGUACAAGCACCGUCCAGGCAAGGCACUUGCUCAAGCUCUGGGACUGUCCGAGGAUGAGGAUGUGCUCUUUGUGGUGUUCUCACAAGGCCAGAAGAACCGGGCAAAUCCGCCCCGUGAGACUGUGCUGUGUCUGUUCACCCUUCAUCAGAUCAACCUGGCCAUGCGUGAGAGGAUCAAGUCUUGCUACCGUGGAGAGGGACGGCUGUCUUUGCCUUGGCUGCUCAAUAAGGAGCUUCCCUGCAUCAACACGCCAAAGCAGAUCGGUGAUGAUUUUUGCGGCCUGGUCCUGAACCAGCCUCUCGGAGGGCUGCGGGUCAUCGAGGGUGCGCCGCUGUACGACGAGCGGACAGACGGCAUGGCCUCAGUGGCUGCGUACACCUACGGAGAUCAUACGGUGGUGUUCGUGGGGACGCGUACGGGCCAUCUUAAAAAGAUCCGAGUGGAUGGCAUUUCUCCACCUUCCCAGAAUGUGCUGCUGUACGAGACGGUCACGGUGGUGGAGGGAAGCCCGAUCCUGCGUGACAUGGUGUUCAGUCCGGAUUAUCAGUACACCUACUUGCUGAGUGACAAACAGGUGACCCGUCUCCCAGUGGAGAGCUGUUCUCAGUACAGGAGCUGUAAGAGCUGUCUAGGCUCCGGAGAUCCUCACUGUGGCUGGUGUGUCCUUCACAGCAAAUGCUCCAGGAAGGAAGCGUGUCAGAAAUGGGAGCUGCCGCAGCACUUCAGCACGGAGCUGAAGCAGUGUGUCGACAUCACCGUCACCCCCGCAAACAUGUCCGUGACCUCGGCCUCCACUCAGCUGAGUGUGAAGGUGGCACAUGUGCCGAACCUCUCGGCAGGUGUGACAUGUGUGUUUGAGGACCUGAGCGAGAGCCCUGGAGAGGUGCUACCUAAAGGACAGAUCCUCUGCAUGUCUCCAUCACUGCGAGACAUCCCGACACUCACACACGGAUACGGUGAUAAACGAGUGGUCAGGCUGUCGCUCAAGUCUAAAGAGACUGGGCUGAAAUUCAUCACGACGGAUUUCGUCUUCUAUAACUGCAGCGUCCUGCAAUCGUGCUCAUCGUGUGUAAGCAGCCCUUUCCCCUGCAACUGGUGUAAAUAUCGACACAUCUGCACCAACAACGUGGCUGAGUGCUCCUUCCAGGAGGGCAGAGUCAGCAGUGUUGAGGGUUGCCCCCAGAUCCUGCACAGCACCAAUAUCCUGGUUCCGGCGGGUGUCGUUCGACCAAUCACACUGCGAGCUCGAAACCUUCCCCAGCCACAGUCGGGCCAAAAGAACUACGAAUGUGUGUUCAGCAUCCAGGGCAAAAUCCAGCGAGUUCCAGCCGUGCGAUUCAACAGCUCCUGUAUACAGUGCCAGAACACAUCGUACUGGUAUGAAGGUAAUGAGAUGGGGGACCUGCCUGUGGAUUUCUCCAUCGUCUGGGACGGAGACUUUCCCAUCGACAAGCCCUCUGCACUGAGAGCUCUCCUGUAUAAGUGUGAAGCUCAGAGGGACAGCUGCGGUCUGUGUCUGAAGGCAAACAGCAUGUUCGAAUGCGGCUGGUGUUUGGCAGAUAAGCGCUGUCUCCUGAAGCAGCACUGCCCUUCGGCCGAACACAACUGGAUGCACCAGGGCCGCCGCAACGUGCGCUGCAGCCAUCCCCGCAUUGCCAAGAUCCAGCCCUUGACUGGUCCUAAAGAGGGGGGCACACGGGUGACGAUCGAGGGUGAGAACCUGGGGCUGCAGGUGAGAGAGAUCACACACGUGCGUGUGGCCGGCGUUCGCUGUAACACUGUGGCACAGGAAUACAUCAGCGCUGAGAGGAUCGUGUGUGACAUGGAGGAGUCUCUCAUGGCGAGUCCCCCGGGCGGUCCAGUGGAGCUGUGUAUCGGAGACUGCAGUGCUGAUUAUCGCACUCAGUCAUCUCAGACCUAUGCAUUUGUGACGCCCAGUUUCAAUCGUGUGCAGCCGGAUAAAGGGCCCGUGUCAGGAGGGACCAGGCUGACCAUCUCCGGCCGGCAUCUGGACGCAGGAAGCGCUGUCACCGUGUUCCUGGCUCAGGAGACAUGUGUGUUUGUCAGGAGAACGAUGCACGAGAUUGUGUGUGUGACCCCAGCCUCUGCGUUGGGCUCAGGAGCCUCGUCCAUAAAGCUGUUCAUAGAUAAAGCUGAAAUCAGCAGCGACCUGCGUUACAUCUACACCGAGGAUCCCAGCAUCCUCAGCAUCGAACCCAACUGGAGCAUCAUCAACGGCAGCACGUCUCUGACCGUGACUGGAACACACCUGCUCACCAUCCAGGAGCCCAAAGUCAGGGCCAAAUACGGCGGAGUGGAGACCACGAACGUGUGUACAGUGGUAAACGACUCCACCAUGACCUGCCUCGCUCCUCCUAUUGUCUACACAAAGCGCCAGGUGCCCGAGAUCGGCGUUCAUCCGGACGAGUUCGGCUUCAUCCUGGACCACGUGUCCUCCCUCCUCGUCCUCAAUGGCACUCCUUUUACAUAUUAUCCCAACCCAACCUUUGACCCGCUCGGGAAUGCUGGGAUACUGGAAGUCAAGCCUGGAUCUCCUAUAAUCCUCAAGGGUAAAAACCUGAUUCCUCCCGCCCCUGGGAAUGCCCGUUUGAAUUAUUCCGUGAUGAUUGGAGAAACCCCGUGUCUGUUAACCGUCUCAGAGUCUCAGCUGCUCUGUGAUUCGCCAGACCUCACCGGAGAGCAGCGUGUUUUGAUUUUGGUUGGCGGGUUGGAGUACUCCCCUGGCACUCUCCACAUCUACUCGGACAGCACGCUGACACUUCCCGCUAUCAUUGGGAUUGGAGCGGGCGGAGGUGUCCUCCUCAUAGCCAUCAUCGCCGUCCUCAUCGCCUACAAGAGGAAGACGAGGGACGCGGAUCGCACACUCAAACGCCUGCAGCUCCAGAUGGACAACCUGGAGUCCCGGGUAGCACUGGAGUGCAAGGAAGCAUUCGCCGAACUGCAGACAGACAUCCAAGAACUGACCAAUGACAUGGAUGGUGUGAAGAUCCCGUUCCUGGAGUACCGUACCUACACUAUGAGAGUGAUGUUCCCUGGCAUCGAGGAGCACCCGGUUCUAAAGGAGCUCGACUCUCCAGCUAAUGUGGAGAAGGCCUUGCGUCUCUUCAGCCAGCUGCUCCACAACAAGAUGUUCCUGUUGAUGUUCAUCCACACGCUGGAGGCCCAGAGGUCUUUCUCCAUGCGUGACCGAGGCAACGUGGCAUCUCUUCUCAUGGCGGCGCUGCAGGGUAGGAUGGAGUAUGCUACCGUAGUGCUCAAGCAGCUUCUGGCUGACCUCAUCGAGAAGAACCUGGAGAACCGUAACCAUCCCAAGCUGCUUCUGCGACGAACGGAAUCCGUGGCCGAGAAAAUGCUCACCAACUGGUUCACGUUCCUUCUGCAUCGCUUCCUCAAGGAGUGUGCAGGAGAGCCUCUCUUCAUGCUGUACUGCGCUAUAAAGCAGCAGAUGGAGAAAGGGCCGAUCGACGCAAUCACCGGAGAGGCGCGCUACUCGCUCAGUGAGGACAAGCUCAUCCGACAGCAGAUCGACUACAAGCAGCUGACUUUGAUGUGUAUUCCUCCAGAGGGAGAUGCAGGUACGGAGGUCCCAGUGAAAGUGCUGAACUGUGACACAGUGACUCAGGUGAAAGACAAGCUGUUGGAUGCAGUGUAUAAAGGGAUCCCGUACUCACAGAGACCACAGGCCGAUGACAUGGACCUCGAAUGGAGACAGGGCCGACUCACCAGAAUCAUCCUUCAAGACGAAGACGUCACCACGAAGAUUGAGAGUGACUGGAAGAGACUGAACACACUGGCGCAUUACCAGGUGACAGAUGGCUCAGUGGUGGCUCUGGUUCAGAAGCAAGUGUCUGCGUACAACAUCGCCAACUCAUUCACAUUUACGCGCUCACUCAGUCGAUACGAGAGCCUGCUCAGGACUUCGAGCAGUCCAGACAGCCUGCGCUCUCGAGCACCAAUGAUCACCCCUGACCAGGAGACUGGCACCAAACUGUGGCACCUGGUGAAAAACCAUGAGCACGCAGACCAGCGUGAAGGGGACCGCAGCAGCAAGAUGGUGUCCGAGAUUUACCUCACACGCCUUCUGGCCACGAAGGGCACACUGCAGAAGUUUGUGGAUGAUUUGUUCGAGACUGUGUUCAGUACGGCUCACCGCGGCAGCGCCCUCCCUCUGGCCAUCAAGUACAUGUUCGACUUUCUGGAUGAGCAGGCGGACAAGAGACAGAUCAGUGACCCAGAUGUGCGUCACACCUGGAAGAGCAACUGCUUGCCUUUACGGUUCUGGGUGAACGUGAUCAAGAAUCCACAGUUUGUGUUCGAUAUCCAUAAGAGCAGUAUCACGGACGCAUGUUUGUCAGUGGUGGCUCAGACCUUCAUGGACUCAUGCUCAACAUCGGAACACCGUCUAGGCAAAGACUCACCGUCCAAUAAGCUGCUUUAUGCUAAAGACAUCCCCAAUUACAAGAGCUGGGUGGAGAGGUACUACAGAGACAUCAGCAAGAUGCCGAGUAUCAGCGAUCAAGACAUGGACGCCUAUCUGGUGGAACAGUCCCGUCUCCAUGGCAGCGAGUUCAACACACUGAGCGCGCUCAAUGAGCUCUAUUUUUACAUCAACAAGUACAAAGAGGAGAUCUUGACGGCACUGGACAGAGACGGGUACUGCCGCAAACACAAACUGAGACACAAACUGGAACAAGCCAUUAACCUGAUGUCUGGCAGCAGCUGAUGGAGCAGGAGGAGAGGAAGAGAAGAGGACAGAAGAGGAGGGAGGGAGGGAGGGGAUGAGGAGGGAUGGGGGUUGGCUGGAAGGCUCUGAGGAACUGACCGGCACUGAAACGUCCAUAACUUGUGAUGGGAAGAGGAGAGACUAAACACACUGGACAAUCAACACUCAAGCAACCGCAGCACACGGACGCCCAAUAUUUCACUAUUUCUCUGGACCAGAACCUGCACAGCCAAAUGCCACCACUCUCUUCUCCAUAUUCUCUCUCUCUGUCUCACUAUCUGUUAUUCUCAUCUUUCCUCUAUUCUCCCUUUGGGUUCUGUCUUUGUUUCUCCCUCUUUAUCUCUCUCUCUCUCCCUCUUCCUUUCACUCUCUCAUGCAAAGGCAAACUGCCAAAAAAAAAAAGAAAAAAGAAACUUUUGGAAUCGGACAACUGUGGAUCACUAAGAUACAUUCCAAUAAGAAAAGGCGACACGUGCCGUUACCGUGGAAGCCGUGCUGAAUUGUAAAGCCAGUGCCAUGAAGGGGGAAUUAAGAAGCCGAAAGUAAAAUGAUGCAAUUUAAAACAGUGACAUUUGUAAGCUCUGAGAGAGGCCCAGUGGUCCGAAAGAAUCUCCGAAAAUUCAAUGACAGGUCUCAGUUGUAAAAAUGUGAGAAAAGUGGGCAUGGAAUACAGGAACCACAUCCUCGUCUCAAACAAAAUUGCCAUAGACCAACAAAAAGCGCCUUUUCUCUCGUUAUUUUCCUCGUCUCUCGUGAAUCUGGGGCCAAACGGACCUGAGCAGUGUGAAUCAGUGUCCUUCAGAGCUUGCCUUUCUGUUACGUCUGGACUUAUCCCUGAACCCCGACUAGAACAUGGCCUCAAGCUGGCCGUUUCUGCCCUAAUGGGGUUUUUUCCCUUAAUAUUGUAACCCCUACCCCAUACACCAUACCCCUUCCCCCACCCAAGCCUCCGUUCCUUAAAUUUUUUUGUAUUAUACCACUGUGUUACUGUGAGGGUUGGAGUGUUUUAACUCAGAUUUGUGGUCCUUCCCUGAAGGGAAAGGGUUUCGAGUGUUGUACUUUGAUAACAGGCAUCCUGACGUAAUAGAUCCAUCCAUCCAAGAGCAAUAAGUCAAGAUCAAACGGAAGCCAUGAGUCGAAAUUUCAGCGUCCCAUUCCAAACCACGAAAUUCCCAUUGUGAGAACCUUUCUUUUUUUUCAUUCUGUGUCACUAUUUCUGAAAAUCGAAGUUAUAUUGUGUAACCGUACACCAAGCACAACAAGGGAAAACUGUCACACUGAUUAUCUCUGAUUGUUUUAUCAGUUUAUUGAUUUAAAAGGCAUUUGACAUUUGAGAUUCAGCUGUAGGUAAUUGUGAGUCUCGGAUAUUUAUCCCUGCUGUUCUUUCAGAGCUCCUCAGUUUGCCUCUUUGAAACUUAUCGCUAAUCCAAACGUUGCGCGUCAAUUCUGUCUGUAUUCUGCAAACGACAUGGCCUUAAAUCAUCCGUCCUCUUUAAUUUUCCGCGACACUAGUGUCUCAAGGGAAACACAAGGUACUCUGGGAAGAAGUUGUAACAAAGACGCAGCAAAUUGGAAAAUAGUACCAGCUUUUUGUUUUCUUGCUACAUGAUUCUGAGUUCUGCCCUUUUUAAUGGAGUAUUUAUUGUGCUUUCUAAUUUAUUGUGUUAUUUAUUAUUCUCCAACGCAAGAAUGUACGAUACGCUAUUUGAUGUACAGUAUUAGUGAUUGAGCAUAUCGUUUCCUCCAUUUUGCCAACGCUUGAGACUUUCCGUACAUGAACAAUUUCUUAAAGUAGUCCAUGAGGAUAUAUGCAGCUGUGUGAAAUUUUCAUAUUUUCAUUAUAAUGUGUACAUUUUGAAGGUCAAGAGAGGUCAAAGUAAUCCAAGCAGACUAGGAGGAGGGGACGAAACACAAACGAAACAAAGCAGAAGUCAGGUGGGAUUUGGAGUGUAGGAAGUUGUCCUUGGAAGUAGCCAGGCUUAUUAAUUAUGCUUUCAGUUGGACUAUAAAUGCACAAGGACAUUUGGGUAAUAAAUCCAAAAUGUAUGUGCUUCAAUAGCCUUUAGCAGAAAUGAAAUCCUCAAAAAUUUGCAUAAAUUAUUGAGAUUUCCUCUUUCCAUUUGGCUGAAUCCUCAGAUGCUUUAAAGUUUAUGAAUCCUGCAUAUCAUAGCUGCUCAUCAGUUGUUGUUAAUUCCCUACAAAUUUAUUGAUUUUUACGUAAUGCUGGUGCUUCAUUACACAAAACACCAGUAACUGAUCGAAACGUACUUGAAUGUAUUUCAGUCCAGUCUUAUUUCCAGCUCAUGUUGAAAGAAGUUUGGAGUUUAAAAAGUCGUUAAAAAUGGCCAACAUUUUCAUAAAAUUGGGUUAGCAUGAUUCCGAAUCUCUUUAAAACUUCACUUUGUCGGGUGAGGUGUUUGUACCAGAAUUUGGGGCUCAUUAGCAUUUAAAAAGCAGACGCUAUGAUAAUUAAGUCAUAUCCUUUUGAACAUUUGUUGUUUUUUCGUGGGGCGGAAGGAAGAGGAGGAGAGGAGGAGAAAUCGGGGCUGGCUCGUGUGGAAUCUGGGUCUGUUGCAACAGGAGACGCAACGACUUGCAUGCUCGAGUGACAAAGGUGCCAGGUCAGCAGAGAAACCACUCAGUAAGAUUAAAACCAAUCAUAAAUCUACACCAAAAAAUGAAAUAUAUAGAAAUAAAUAUAUCUAUAUAUCAAGACCAGUUUGAUUGACCACAUCUCAAGGUUUACAUCCGAAUUCCUGAACUGUGAGUAAAAGCCAAACGUACUGUCGGGAAGGGCCUCCUUCUCCGCAUACGCACUGCCUGUAAGACUAACGGCCAUCAGGGCGAUUGAUUUUCUGUUUGUUUCUCUUUUUUUUGUCUUAAUAGAGAGUUUCUCGUUAAGUACUCCUCUAGCCAUACGAUCCGACGUCGUCUCUUUAGUUUUUGCAGCACAGCCGUUCUAACAUGCUUCAAGUGUGUAAAGUGAAAAAAGCGCAUACUAUUAAAAGCACCUGUACUCGUGAGGAAGAGAGGAGUGAGUAAGGGGGGAAAAAAUUGUGUUUUUCUGUAGAAUUGCUAGAAGAAAAAUGUCUGUUUUUUGAUCCAUAACUACAUUUCAGUCAGUGUUCUAGUUAUAAAAGACGUUAAAAAAAAAAAACACAUUUUGUCUCAGAUGACUUGAUUCUAAUUUAUUUGUCGUUUUUUUGUCUGUUUCUCCCAAAUGUUAUAAUCAAUUAUAUGGUUGAGACUUGUUUACAGUUUCUAAAGAUAAAAGGAGUUUAUUAACAUUAACAAUGUGUAUGGAGAGGAAGUAGCUUUGUGUCUGACUGGCUGAUUGACUGAGGAAUGAAUGACUGCUUUGCCUAGUCCUUAAUUCUAUAUAAAUAUAUAAAUAUAUUUUGUAUAAUUAUUGGUUCCAAAUGGUUUCUUUUAAAUUAUUAUUUUUUAGUUCCGUCAUUGUUUUGUAAUUUUCGUCUUUUAAAUUUUUUUUUAAGUCAGUUCACAGGAAUUGUAGGAAUGAGUCUGUUCAAACGCUGGCUGCAAUGAAGUGUUUUGUAUAUAUUUGCACUUUUUUUUACUCGACGCGCAACGGUUUUUGAAAGAUCGGACUCUUGACGACAUUCAAAUGACAAGCAUGGUGUUCUUUUAUUUUCUGUUUUGCUAAUUAAAAGAUAUGUGGAUGAUGCUGUAUAUUUCUUGAAUGUUUCUUUGUAUAUGUUGUCAUCUGCAAGGACUAUUUUCUCUCAACAGAUUGAUGUUUUCAUUCAAAUAAAGACAAGUGGCUCAGUGAAAA